UCGCCUUUCCUAAUUAAAUAGGGAUAUGAUACGCAGGCAUUUCAUAAUAAUAAUAAUGUAUAUUAAUUUUUCCUUUCACGACCAAGCGUGCUUGUCUUCUCUGAUCUAAUAAUCUAACACAUGCAUGCUUGCUUCCUAAUAAGUCCUGGCGCCGUCAUCGUCCUCCACAGGCACUCCGGCUGGUACUCCGCCCCUCGAUCCAGGGCCACAUGCUCCAGGCGUUGUGCGUGUCUGUGGUCUUCUUAGCGUGCGUCCUGGUGCUGGCGGCUGCCGUGUCGUGCGCCCUCGCGGUGCGGGCGCUGCGGUGGGCGGCGGCACGGGAGAUGGCGCUGAACGUCGACCUAGCCCGACAGAAGGAGGCACUGCGGCAGGCGGAGUUCAAGAGCAAUGCCUUCGCCAGUGCCAGCCAUGACAUCCGGUCCGCGCUGUCCGCCAUCGCCGGCCUCGUGGACAUGUCCCGUCCGGAGGUGCAGUCGGUCCCCGGCAUCAUGGAAAACCUUGAUCAGAUGGGUGUCUGCACCAACAAACUGUUCGGUUAG